CAGGUAGGCAGAGGCAUAGGAAUUUUUUUUUUACAUGGAACUAUAGUAAAGGCAUUUUCUUUUCAGAUGAGGCCAACCAGCAUGCCCUCUUCAUUCUGCAAUCAAGUACCAUGGCAUUCUGACCGAAGUAGUCCAGAUGACUUUGACCAACAACAUUGGAUAAUACUAUCGAACAGUGACUUCGUUGACUGUGAUCGCAAUUCUGAGUCUACGACCAAUACCAACACUAAUUUUGAGGGUAGCAAUAGUCAAAGUUCUUAUGUUAGUAGUGACACUGAAUCUCCGAUGUCACCUUCUCAUCCAGAUGCAUCUGUUUCAUCCAAGUCUUCCCGAUCUUACAACUACUUCACUAAGCUAAUAACAGAGUUAAAGGAAACACAUGGUGGCCAAGUAAAGAAUUCCGGUGACUCCAGAGAAAAUUCCAUCGAGGAAUUCCACAAUGCUUUUGCUGCAGUUGAACAAAGUAGUCCUGGAAUCACAGACACUUUCGUAAAGGAAAUUUUCCGACGUCUUGCACCCCACCAAAGUCGAGAACGGAAAAUGCACAAUAUUAUCGGCAGGCUGAAAGUGAGUGAGACUUAAUUCAAAGAAAUCAUGGAGCAUAAUGCUAAGAUCACCACAUAUCAGCCUUGUCCUGAUAAAUACCUUUUUGCCGUGGAUAUCUUUGCUUCCUUUCUCUUACGAAAUAUUGUACUAUUUUUAAAAACAAAAAAGUUUAGUGCAUUAUAUAAAUAUAAUAUAUAUAUAUACAAACGUACAUUGAGGGAACCAAACGUUAAAUGUCCCUUAAAAUCGUGAUAAUUAUAUUAUGGGCUUAAAUGUUAGCAGUAUUAUAUUACUAGUAAUAUAAAUAUAUAGAUAUAUUAUGUCAAAAUGAUAGUUUCUACUAGUAAUUUAAUUUUUAUAAACUCGUACUGUUAUAAAUGUAUUGGUCAUUUUGAAAAUCAUAUUCAGAAGAAUUUUUGGGCAUCGUGUUCCAAGUCACAGAUCAUAGUGCAAAAUAUUUAUUAAAAGGUAGAAUGAGAUGAACAGUACCCUCAAAUUUUGCGAAAAGACAGACUCUUAAACUUAAAACCAUUUUUCUCAAAACGGAAUUGCUUGAUUUGAAAUUUUAUCAAAAUGAGACAAAUAUAGACUGUUUUAUUAUGACUUUAACGCAUAAUUUUAGAAUUCUAGUAAGAAAAAUAUAGCAAAAAAAUACACAUUAGAGGUCGUAAAUUAAUAUUUAAGCGAAGAAAAAAAUUAUAUCCAAAUCUAGAGACUUUCUAAUCAUGAAGGCGAGAAUGUAAAACCUCCAAAACCUUUUUAAUGGGUGGAAAAAACAGAGAGAAGUUGAAUUGCAAUUCUAAUUCCUCUAAAUUUUAUCCUGAAAUAAAACUGGAUUUGAUGUUUUUUAUUACACCUUCCUCAUUAGUCAUUCGGCAGAUUUUGAUAGCGUUUAAGUUUUUUUCCUGGUUUACAUCUUAACUAGUGAUCCCUAAUAUUUUAAUUCUAAAAAUAUGUAUCGAGCAUGGCGAUCACGGGACAUCUUGUUUAAUUAUUGACGCCCAGUGGCUGAGUAGUAGCGCUUCUCACUCCGAUGUUACAGGUUCGGGGCUCUAUCCUUGACCCGGGCAGUGGGUUGAUAAAAUGUGUACUAAGCAUGCCAACCGGAACAAGUGCUCUUGCACCAAGGUCAAGAAAACAGGAAUAGGCAUAGUUGGAGUUGGCCCUCCAUGGGCUGUCGUGCCACUAAAUUUAGCUUUUUUUCUUUAAUAAUUGAUAUUUUCAGAUGGGUAAUUUUUUGAGAUUUUAAAACAAAGAGAAAUAAAUUAAUUUUGAUCGGAAAUUACACUCGACGAUUUUUUAAAAAUGGUGCUAUAAGAAAAAUGCUAAAUUUAUUUCAAGUUCAGUAGACAAAGAAUGAUACUAUCAGGGUUCUUACGGCUUCUGAAGUCUGAUGUUAAAUAGCUCUUAAUGCGUUAAUUGUUUUCAUGGCUCUAAAAAAAGCUGACUUCGAUAUUUUUUUUAAAAAAAAAUUAUAUUUUCUGUUGUAAAAUAAUGAUAAUGUUGAGGUUUAACUUCUUAAAACUUUUUC